ACGUAACCGAUUGAGAUUGAUAACGUAUCGUGCAAAACACCGAAAAUUGAAAUUUCUACGUCCCCGUCUACUUAGAUAUUCAGUUCUAUAUUCCCACGGUAUUGUUGUUAUUAAUGUUUGUAAUUUAUUAACUAUUAUAAUUCGCUGUGUGAUCUACGUAAUUGCAAACGAUGUCGUUUCAAUGGAUUCUACACCGUACACCUUUUCUCCGUUGUUUAUCGUUCAGUCGGACCUUCAGCGGUUUUAAUAGUCUUCACAGAAUUAAUCGAUUGGAUCAACUGCAGUGUUUCACCCGGAGACGUUUCAACGAACAAUCGAUAUUUAACAUCAACACUAGUGUGCCCAAAGAUGUGAUCCUGUACAAAUCGUCCAGUGACCGCACAUUCAAAAUGAUUAGUAUAUUCUCUAUUGUCCAGUUUGGUUUUUGGCUUACAGUAGCAGAUACUUAUAACGUCUUAUUGAAACAAAAACCCAAAGAUAACGAAGCAUCUCAGAUGAUAUCGUGGUUAGAUCAAUUGAAAGCCAAAGGAAAAAUUUUGACGGUCGGGAUUCCUGUCGCGUGCUUGUGCAUGGGUGCAAUGUUAGUUGGCAUAUGCUUUGUUUACACAAUGAAAUCGGUCAAAAUGUUGGUUUUAUGUAGAGGAGGUGAUAAAUUAAGUAUAACAUCUUUCGGUUUCUUCAACAGAAAUAUAACUACUACCAUACCUUUGGAGAAUAUCAGUUGUGCCGUGGGAAGAAAUGACCGAGGUCAAAGUAUACCAAUGAAAGUCAAAGGGAAAUGGUUUCACUAUAUACUAGAUAAGAAUGGUAAAUUUUUCAAUCCCACGUUAUUUGAUCUGACUGCAGGAAUGAGGAGAAAUAUAUAGAUAUAUUUAAUUAUGGAUAUAGUAUUUUAAAUAUUGUAAUUUAA